UUAGCAUUCAGCACUCAAAUCUUUGACAACACCGGAUUAGUCAUGGUGAAGCAGACGACAGCACUGCCAAGUGCCAACAUCUUGUGUAUCCUACCAUUUGUUGCUGUCCUGCCCAAGAACUGUGAAAACACAUACUUUUGUCUAACCACACCAGGCUUGAUCUGCUGCCAAACUUGGGUCUUCAAUCCCUCAUCAUUUUUGUCGUCAGUUUGUACUCAGGGUUCAGGUUUAUUUGCUUUUUGGAAGUCAUCAACACUAACCUCGUGAUUUUAUUGUGAACCAAGCAGGUUGACCUAGAAUUACUGUGCGGUGAUAGAAAUUCAUAUUUUAUAAAAGAGUUUGAAAUGAUGUCCUUUUUUGUUGCACUUAUGACUGCCCUAAUGCUGUUGUCGGCGGUGGUCCCCAGGAACUUUGACGCUAAUUUUCUUCGUUUGUUAUAACUCCAAGUCUUCGAUUUGACUCGAAAUUAUUCUCGUGCUCUUUCACACAUCCAGCCUUCAUCACUUUUACCAUGAAGAAGAUUUUGCUGAGGUGAAGAUGAACAAGAAUGUAAAUGACGUUGCUUUUUGCUGGACCGUCCGUCACGAAAACCCAAAUCGUUCAUUUGAUGUCAAUCCUCUUUCAGCUCGGAUCCUGUUGAGCAACAACUUUGAGAGUGGAUCCGCCGACCCUUGGUACGACAAUUCAACGCCCUCCAGCGUCUAUUGGAAUGUCGAGGAUUUCUCUUCUCCAACUGAAGUGAAUUACCCGCCGCCGACUCCCCUGUCAGGCACCAAAUACCUUCGAUCUACCCGCAACUCGCAAUUGUCUGCCGGUCUUGUCAUAUUGCGUACAGUGACAUUCACGGCCUUUCCCGGUGACACGAUGACGUUUGACUUUUGGAUUCGGUCCCGAUACGCCAGCGGCAACGCUUUAGAGGUUGUGAUGGCCGCAGUUGCGUUUGAAACGACGAUCCUGACAUUGACGAGUUAUUCUACGGCCGAGAAUUUUGAUUGGCGCCCAGCCUCUGUCUCCCUCCCCGUGUCGGAACCGACUGGUGUGACAUUGUCAUUUUACGGGUAUUGUGGGUCAAACAUAGAAGAUGCCAUCGCCAUUGACAACAUUGUACUCGAAACUCAUGACAUCUCUACAACCGAGAUGGUGACCACGACCACUCUUACACCCCAGUCACCUGUUCAAAGGACGGUGAUAUUCAUCUACAAAACGACGCAAGUUGGGCAAGAUUUGUUUAUUCGUGGAGGAAUCGACAGCACAAUCGUUCGUCCUGUGUGCCAAGACGACCUUGAUGCGGAGACCUCAGAAUGUGCCGUUUCUGUUCAAAUGAACUCUUUGGGUGUUGGUACACCCUGGGUUGGUUACGAUGCCUGGAGGGUGGGUGAUACCAAACUCGACUGGUUUGGGGCUCAAGCAGGACAAGGAACCUACAUGGGUAGUCCUGCUUUCGGUACUCCUUUGGUCUGGACUACAAACAACCCUGCGAAACCCGAAUACCAGCCGCUAAACAAAUGGGGAGAUGCCAAUCAUAUGGUGGAUUUCAACAUGGAUUGUUCAGAGACGGAAAACGGCUGGUUUGACGUCAAAGCUUAUCUCACUAACUACGCAUCUGGAUGGGAAGCCGACAUUGCCCCAAUAGCCUGCACUGGUACAGGAGCUGAUGUUCUUCCCCCUUACUCUGGAACAGGAAAUCACAUGGCUCGUUGCGGUUACAUCAACAGGAGGCACACUAAAGUAGAAACGAGCUUGGUGAUGAAUGAUCCUUGGAUUAUUUCAACUUGCCUUGGAAUGAAGCGCAUACCCACCAUCUACUUUUCUCAUCCUAGGCUUUUCAGGAUUUGAUGUUUUUUCCUCGUUGGAUGUGCUGGUGCCUGUAGCAAUCGGUGUCGGUCGCCAUCACUUGACUUUGGUG